AUGAAUGAAAUUGGCAUCUGUAAACACACGAUUAAGUCUCAUGGAAGAAAAGUUGCAAGAUUUCAUCUUCAUGACUGGCUAAUACUUCUUCUUCUUGUGGCUCUUGAUGUGGGUUUGAAUAUUAUUCCUCCUUUUUAUCGAUUUGUAAGUAAAGAUAUGCUGACAGAUCUUAAGUACCCAUUUAAGGAUAACACAAUACCCGUCUGGUCUGUUCCGAUAUAUGCAGUUUUGUUACCCAUUGUGAUUUUCAUUGUGUUCUACAUUGUUAAAAGAGACGUCUAUGAUCUUCAUCACAGCAUACUUGGAAUCUUGUUUGCGGUUCUUAUAACUGGAGUUCUCACUGAUUCGAUCAAGAACGCGACUGGCAGGCCUCGUCCUAACUUUUUUUGGCGUUGUUUUCCUGAUGGAAUCGAUAAAUAUGAUAGUUUGGGGAAUGUUAUAUGUAGUGGUCAAUAUAGUGUGAUUAAGGAAGGAUAUAAGAGUUUCCCAAGUGGUCAUUCUUCGUGGUCGUUUGCGGGUCUAGGAUUCUUGUCAUUGUAUUUGUCGGGGAAAAUCAAAGCAUUUGAUGGAAGAGGACAUGUUGCAAAGCUAGGCUUAGUUUUUCUUCCUCUUCUUGUGGCAUCUCUUGUGGCAAUUUCUCGAGUAGACGACUAUUGGCAUCAUUGGCAAGAUGUAUUCAUCGGCGGUCUCCUAGGUCUUAUUGUGGCAACGUUUUGUUAUCUCCAAUUGUUUCCACCUCCUUACGUGUUAGAAGGAUGGGGACUUGAACGGAAUUUCCUUAGACUGGAUGAGGUUUUCCGCGAGAUGAAGGCAGAUGGGUUCGAGCCAGAUGUAAUCACUUACGGUAUCAUCAUCAGCGCGUACUGCAAGGAUCGUAAGUACGACGAGGCAUUGAAGAAUUUCCAUCAGAUGGAGGCCAGCAACAUUAAGCCAACUCCCCAUAUAUUCAGCACGUUGAUCAAUGGUAUGGGUGCUGAUAAAAGGCUGAGUGAAGCUUUCAAAUUCUUCGAGCUAUACAAGAAAAGCGGUUUUCCUCCAGAGCUCCCCACUUUCAAUGCACUAAUGGGGGCUUUCUGCUGGUCUCAGCAGAUGGAGGAUGCCUAUAAGGUGAUUGAUGAUAUGAGGAAAUUCGGUGUUGGUCCGAAUUCUAGAACACUUGAUAUCAUUCUUUAUCAUUUGAUUAAAGCUGGAAGGACUAAAGAAGCUUACUCUGUCUUCGUCAAAAUGGGUGGGGAGAAAGGUUGUGAGCCAUCUGUGAGCACGUAUGAGAUCAUUGUGAGGAUGUUCUGCAACGAGGACAGAAUUGACAUGGCGAUAAUGAUAUGGAACCAGAUGAGGGAAAAAGGAAUCCUCCCAGGGAUGCAUAUGUUCUCUACUUUGAUUAACAGUUUGUGCAAUGAGGGGAAUUUGGAUGAUGCUUGCAAAUACUUUGUGGAGAUGUUGGAUAUGGGUAUUAGGGCUCCUGCUCAGUUGUUUAGUAAUCUCAAGCAGGCUCUUCUCGAUGAAGGGAAGGAGGAUGUAGUUAUUAGAUUGGGUUUGAAACUAGAAAAACUAAGGAAGACCCCUUUGGUGGGUUAAAUUCCUCACUUGUGUAUUCAUGCUUUGUAGAUUUCAUCUUUUUGCCAUGAAAACAUGUUUUAUAGAUAUGUUUCUUCAAUAGUUUGGUAGUAGAUUAAAUGCAAAACUAUGGACUUUUAACAGCUGAUU